AUGGACAACCGCAUUACUCGGCGUCCAAUCAGCAAGAUGAUCACUUUGAGGAUCCAAUUGGCGGCUAGUGUCUUCUGUGCGAUAGUGUUUCUGUUCAUUGACAGUACUCAAAGCGGGUCGCAGCUGGUUUUACUGGAAAAUCGCACUAGUGUUUUAAAUCGCACCGGGCGACAGUUUGUGUGGCUGCCGUUUUUUUGGGGCGUCGGCUUGGUGCGCUUUGAAAACGGAGAAUGUGAUGCCGGGAACGGAUUUACCGGCACCUGCUACACUCGCAGGGAGUGCAACUAUCUGGAUGGAGUUCGUGCAAGUUUAUGCGCUAAUAAAGCGGGCGCGUGCUGCGUGUUCCAACGCACUUGCGGAGACAGCUCCGAUCUGAACAACACCUACUUUGUCAGCCCCGGGUUCCCCACCACGUACACGGGGGGUACUGCAUGCUCUUUCACCAUAGUUAAGCAGGACGACGCUUGCCAGGUUCGCCUGGACUUUCUGACGCUGAACCUGGCGCAGCCCAACAUUAACGGAACCUGCACAACAGACGCGCUGACCGUUACAGGAGGAGCGUCAGUGGCGCCGGUUCUUUGCGGCGAAAACAGCGGCCAGCACAUGUACAUGGAUUUCAACGGGAACCAGUCGAUUACCAUUACGAUUUAUGUGCGAAGCAGCAGCGCUUCCCGUAGCUGGAACAUCAAGGUGGCGCAGAUUAACUGCAAUUGUCCCUGGCGAGCUCCAUCUGGAUGUUUGCAGUUCUACAAUCAACUGUCUGGAACAGUGCGCAGUUUCAACUAUGGUAGUUCCAGUGUGCUGAAUGGAACUCGGCAGCUGGCCGGGAUGAACUAUGGGGUUUGCGUCAAUAUGUUCCCUGGGUACUGCUCCAUUGAGUGGUCAGCCACCUCCGAUCUCUACGGAUUCUCGUUGACUGGCAACACUUUCACGGCAGUGGGGGAUGGUACCUUGGGAACCACCGCCGCCUCCCUGACGGGAGUGAACUGCACCACUGACUUUGUGGUGAUUCCAGCUCCGAUUUUGACCUCGAACAGCAGCUACUUGAACACGGACCGGUUCUGCGGAAAUGGGUUCCCUUCGGUGAUAUCGUAUUCCAAGCCCUUUGUGCUGACGGUGGUGACCAACGGGAACGAAGUGAACGACACGGGAAAUCGGGGAUUUUCGCUAUCUUUCACUCAGGAAUUGUGCUCGGGCGCCUUGAUACUAGGAAAACGAUAAGAGCCAAAUAAACGUUUCAGUACGUA